AAACUAGAAUUUUGCAUUAUAGAUCUCAAAUGAGUGAUUCGUGCCCGAAUCACAAAGAAUUAGUUAUUGGGUUCGGAUCCGAGAAUUUUGGUUGAGCGGAUCCGGGUCCGGGUACAAAGAAAUUUAAUCGAUCGGGUCCGGGUCCGGUCCGGGUUUGAAUAAAUUUUUAUCAUCGGAUCCGGGUCCAAAAAUCAUGGACCCGAUGGGCUCUAAUCGACAUGCAUGCGUUCUUCUUUCAUAUAUUCGUACUUGUUUUGAAAGAUUUUAUGACGGUGUACACUUUUAAAACAUAUUUUAAAAACCAAAGGGGUUUCGUUCCAAACCUGGAAAGGGUUUAAUUAAAACAUGAACAUUCUUAAGCUAAUUGACAUACUGAUUUCAUCAUGUUUAACCCGGCUUUCUCUUCGGGAACAUGAUGCAAUCAAAGUGAAUCAUUCAUCACUUCAUACCACUUUCAGAAAUAAGUGGCUUGUAUAACAGACACUGCUGCAGGAUUUUACUUAGUUUUGUUUUGUGUGCAGCAGGUAAAAUUAUUUUCUUUUUUGUUCUUUGAUUCUGUUGGACUUCUGUUGGAUGAUUCUGUAGCCAAUAAAAGAAGCCAAUACGGCUUUUAGUUCGUGCUAAUUUAUUUGUGUUAUAAACAAACCAUGAAUAGAGAUUUUUUGCACUUCAAUCAUUAUGCAGGGUAUAGGAAAGAACAGCGAAGUUGAUAUUUGCAGUUCGUCUGCAAAGAUCAAGUUCGUGUGUUCGAUCCUAGCUUCGUGCAACGAUUGGCUUUGUGUUUUGAUAGUUUAAGUUUUAGAGUGCUAUAAUGGGAAUUUAUAUUCUCGAUUUCGUUCUAGAUAAAAGACAAGUGAAUGGAAGAAUCAGCAAAGACGUUCAUAAUCUUUUUUAUCAAUCGGAAAAAUUUAAUAUGAAGAAUUAUGAAGAUGAUGCACAUGACAAUACAACAUUAAAAAAUGAUGAAAAUGACGAUUGUUUUAAUGGUUCACCCGCACUGUAUCAAGAAAGAGAAACGAUAAAAGAAAUUAAAUAUUUAACAACAAACGGCACAAGAAUAUACGUCAAUGAUCAUGAAUAUAAUGUUAUCUGUGAUCGAUAUGGAAAUAUUUUACUAUUUUAUAAAUAUAAUAAUGAAUACUUUGCUUUUAUACAACGAUAUCAAAUAUCCAAGAAAAGACUUUCACAAUUUGUAUUAAUACCACAACAAAUGACAAAUAAAUCGGAUGAAUUAUAUCCAUUAUUAACGUUAACAAAAACUUUAAUAAUAUCAAUUAAAAAUAUUCUCUAUAAAUGUAUUCCUGUACCAUUUGAAGAUGUUCUAUAUAUAUCAGAGAUUAGAGUAGACCAUGAACAUGCUUAA